AUGCUUAGUGCAUAUGAAUGUCAGAGUACUACAAUUCCUUCUAUAAAUCCACAAAAGAAGGAAAAUAAUUCAAAUAAUAAUCGUGAUUGUGUUUGUAUUUUUAUUUUGGGAAUUUUAACUUUAGCUGUUAUUUUUUCUUCUAUUUGUAUAUUUAAAUAUGCUUUGAGAGACAAAUUUGUAUAUGAUGAACUUGUUGAUUAUUUAGAUAAAACAGUGAGUAUAAGCAAAAUUAAUUUUAACCCAACUCUUGGAAUUUACGAAUUGAGGCCAAAUGAAAUGGAAAUUUUGGGCGAACAGAGAAAGUAUAAAUCUUUAAUAUGGACAUUCUUUUUUGUUGAUAUUUCUUCUUUAAUAUUUUUUGGAGUUUCCGCUUUUUUCUUUUUUAGUGUUCAACAAUCAAAGGGAAUUAUUAGAGCACUUUUUUGGAUAUUUUCAAUUUUUGGAUUUCUCUAUUGUUUAAUAGAAUUGGGUGUUUUCACAAUUUUAAUUUCUCCAUUCUCUACUCGAUUACCUAACGCAACAAUUGCUCUUUUAGAUCAUGCAAUUCCUUAUAAUCCAGGAGGAUUAGCACAAAUAGAAAGUCGAUUUAAUUGUAUUUUUGAUCAAAAUCUUUAUGACACUUUCAAGCGACAUUCGAAUCCAAAGAAUACUUGUGACCCUCUACUAUUAAACAGUUUUAUACCAAACAUUUUACUUGGAAUAUUUAUUGCUAUUCGGAUAUUUUUUGUUUCAACAUUAAUAAUUCUUUUAUUUACUCCAAAUAGUUCUUUAAAUAGAUCAAUUACUAAUUUAAUUCUUCGAUUAAAACCGGCAAUUCAUUACAGAAAAAAUAAAUCAGAAAGAAAUAAUCAACAACAAAAAAAUAAAUUACCUUCUUAUUAUGCUUCACCAGCUAAAACAACAUUUAGUGUUAAAGAACCUUCAGCACCUCAACACUCACCUUUACCUACAAAUAUACCUCCAAUAACUCCACCAAUUGGACAUAUUGACCAUUCAAUUAAUUAUAAUAAUGCUGCAUUAUUUGCUGUUUCUGGGGCUAUAAAUUAUGGAGGGGGAGGAGGUUCUAGAAGUUGUUCAGAUAUAUCAAUUGCAAAAUGUGGAAAUUAUUCAACACAAGACUUGACUAUUAGGUGA